AACCAGAUCCAGGUAAAACGUCUGCACGGUUUGUGACGCAAACACGUUACUGUAGAGCACCUGUAGAGCACGUGCAGGAGUUCAGUUGGCGUUGGAGCGGUGGAAUGAAGACCUGUGCACGAGGAGCCGACACCAAACUGCUUCAACAGGCACGAGAUGAUGCCUUGGAUAUAGCCGGCCCACAUGAGUGAUAUGAAUAACACACUGGAUGAAAUACACACUUCCAGAAGCCUCAGAGAGAAAGCAGAGAUUUUUCAGAGUGGCAGAGGUAAUGUGAGUGGCUUUUCCAGCCCAGCCCUCAUCCCGUUGAGAGCUCCUUUACUGACACCAAAUGCCCCGAAGACCGGCACAACGCUCUGCACAGGGAAUAGGAGCAAUGAAGAGGAGGAGGAGUCGUUCUCUUCCCCUGUCCCAAACCCUUUUCCGGAACUUAUUCAUUCAACCAUCUCUCCCCUUGUCUCUGAAUGUUUAUUACCAUGGACCAAAAGUAGUGCUACUCAGGUAAUCAAAGUUUAUAAUGAAGAUAACACCAGCAGAGCAGUAGAGGUUCCCAGUGAUAUCACUGCCAGGGACGUAUGCCAACUGUUUAUCUUGAAGAACCACUGCAUUGAUGACCACAGCUGGACUCUUUUUGAACAUCUGUCCCAUCUGGGAAUAGAGAGGACUAUUGAAGACCAUGAGUGUGUUAUGGAGGUUCUAUCAGGCUGGGGGAUGGACACGGACAGCCGCCUGUAUUUUAGGAAGAAUUAUGCCAAAUAUGAGUUCUUCAGGAAACCCCUGGACUUUUUCCCGGAUCACAUGGUGUCCAUAUCCAGUGAAACCAACAGGACGGUGGAUCACUCUCAGCUGAUACAGACCUUUCUCAACUCCAGCACUUGUCCAGAGAUCCAUGGACACCUUCAUGCCAAAGAGCAAGGCCGAAAGUCUUGGAAGAAGUUCUAUUUUGUCCUGCGGAGGUCAGGGCUUUAUUUCUCCAAUAAAGGAACCUCUAAGGAACCAAGGCACCUCCAGUUCAUUGCAGACUUCAGUGACAGUGACGUCUACACAGUGUUCUCAGCCAAAAAACUCCAUGGUGCACCCGCAGAUUAUGGCUUCUGUGUCAAGUCGUCAAAGUGUAGUUCAGCCCGGGACUUGAAGCUGCUUUGUGCAGAUGAUGAGCAGACCAGGACCUGCUGGAUCACAGCCAUGCGGUUGUUAAAGUUUGGGAUGCAACUUUACCAAAACUUCAUUCAGCCACACCAGAAACAAAAAGCUUCACCAAUGAGAAGCAUCUCAGAGAAUUCACUGGUGGCCAUGGACUUCUCUGGCCAAAAGACUCGGGUGAUUGAGAACCCGUCUGAGGCGCUGUCUGUGGCUGUGGAAGAAGGCCUGUCAUGGAGGAAGAAAAGCUGCCACCGUCUGAGCGGCCAUGGUAGCCCAUCCACAUCCCAGAGCUUAGUGUCAAAUAUAGCUCUUCACUUGACUCAGCCUUGGUUCCACGGCAAACUGUCUCGAGAUGAAGCUCAGCGUCUAAUCACUCAGCAGGGUCUUAUUGAUGGAGUGUUUCUACUAAGGGACAGUCAAAGCAACCCUAAGACAUUUGUGCUGUCACUGUGCCACACGCAGAAAAUCAAACACUUUCAGAUCUUACCUGUAGAUGAUGAAGGGGAGUUAUUCUAUAGUCUGGACGACGGUCAUACAAGAUUCACUGACUUGAUCCAGUUGGUUGAGUUUUACCAGCUGAACCGUGGGGUCCUUCCCUGCAAGCUCAAACACCACUGUGCUCGGAUCACCCUGUGAACAUGGGACCCAAGAGACCCCCGAGGGCCCACAUGCACCUUAACUCCAGGGCCCUUCUGGACAAACGGUGCUUUCGUGCCUUCGAGAAAAAAAAACAUAUAGUAAAUGAGCAGACG